AUCUCUGAGGAAUGGUCUAAGGGAGUCUUUGUGGUGAAACAAAGUGAUGAGGAUAUUCACACUGCCAACGAACGCAGACUGAAGGAGCUGAUUGGGGAUAUAGCUGGAAAGCUGCACACUGGAAGAAGCAGGAAUGAUCAGGUUGUGACUGACCUGAAGCUGCUCCUGAAGAGUUCCAUCUCUGUCAUCUCCACUCACUUGCUGCAGCUCAUCCAGUCCUUGGUGGAGCGUGCUGCUACAGAAAUUGAUGUUAUCAUGCCUGGCUACACCCACCUGCAGAAAGCUCUGCCCAUCAGAUGGAGCCAGUUCCUGCUCAGCCACGCUGUUGCACUGAUUCGUGACUCUGAGCGCCUGGGUGAGGUGAAGAAAAGGAUGAACGUCUUGCCUCUGGGAAGCGGUGCUCUGGCUGGGAACCCACUGGAAAUUGAUAGAGAGCUUCUGCGUAGUGAACUGGACUUUGCAUGCAUCAGCCUGAACAGCAUGGAUGCCAUCAGUGAGAGAGACUUUGUGGUGGAAUUAAUCUCUGUUGCCACCCUGCUGAUGAUCCACCUUAGCAAGCUGGCCGAAGAUCUCAUCAUCUUCAGCACCACUGAAUUUGGCUUUGUGACUCUCUCUGAUGCCUACAGCACUGGGAGCAGCCUGUUGCCUCAGAAGAAGAAUCCUGAUAGCCUGGAACUGAUCCGCAGCAAAGCUGGUCGUGUGUUUGGACGGUUGGCUGCUAUUCUCAUGGUUCUGAAAGGAAUUCCAAGCACCUUCAGCAAGGAUCUGCAGGAGGACAAGGAAGCUGUCCUUGAUGUUGUGGACACUCUGACUGCUGUGCUCCAGGUUGCCACCGGAGUGAUUUCUACCCUCCAGAUCAACAAGGAGAACAUGGAGAAGGCUCUGACCCCUGAGUUGCUGUCUACUGAUCUGGCUCUCUACUUGGUUCGUAAAGGAAUGCCAUUCAGACAAGCUCAUGCUGCUUCUGGGAAGGCCGUCCACCUUGCUGAGACUAAAGGCAUUGCUAUCAAUAAACUCACUCUAGAGGACCUGAAGAGCAUCAGCCCUCUGUUUGCCAGCGAUGUCUCCCAGGUCUUCAGCGUUGUCAACAGCGUGGAGCAGUACACUGCUGUGGGCGGCACUGCCAAGAGCAGCGUGACUGCCCAGAUCGAGCAGCUGAGGGAGCUGCUGAAGAAGCAGAAGGAGCAAGCUUAGAGUGUGGGGACAAAUCCCGUGGCUGCAGCGUUGUGCUUAUCACACUAAUCCAGAGUUAAUAAACACUGUGGUGU